AUGAAGCCACGCCCAGAACCCCAGCUUUCUUUUUCCUCAUUCUCCCUCUUCCCCCUCUUCUUUCACCUUUCUGCCCUACUGUGCGAGACCUUAACCGCCCAAUCUGUGCCUCACGUCCCAACUAGACCGUACUGCAUCGACCGCCAACAGCAUUCAAACAUCGCCAGGUCCAAGAUGGAAAGGUUGGCUGAUGAUCUGAGAAAAAUUCACGUGGAUGAUUCCAUUGAGGAGGCAAAUCAGGUCCUAUUUAGACCUCCCACUGGGAGCGGAUUUGCGCGGACGGCCUUCCAUGAGAUUCCUCGUUACCUGUUUCGAGUCGUCACCCCACGUUCCGACGGAAUAACAGAUGAGACGUGGGCACGUUCAGAAUUGGCUUGCCAGGAUCCUGAAUCUUCUACGGAAGAUGUCUUUUUCAACUUGGAUGAUGCGAAGCGGAAGGUCAUUGCUCAAACGCUCAACUUGCAUCUCCGAUGGUGGCCAAAGUAUUCGCUAAGGGACAACUUUGUUUCAUGGACCAGCUCCUUGCUCUUCGCAAUCCAGUACAUCUAUUACCGGCACCUGAAUCCAAAGGAUGGAUCGAGUCUGGAGCACAUCAAGCUAUAUGCGAUAGAUACGACACAGUUCCUAAGAGGGACCUUUCUCCGCGACCUAGACCUAAUUGACUUUUUUGAGGAAUUCGACGACCACAGCCCAGAAAAGAACCUCGCGGAACUACACUGCCGUCGUAAAAAAGAUGAAUUCUAUUUCGGAGAAUACCUUUCGCAAGGGGCACUGAAGAUCGAAGGCAAGUGUGCGACAAUCUCCACCCACUUGUUGUUCGAAAGCAAUCGACUGCGCCGCCUGCAACGUCAAUUUUACGAACUACAGUAUCUGCCAUUCAAUAAAGGCAAACCAGUAUGGGCGCAAGAAGUCAGCCGUCUUCGUGAUACGAUCUGGGGACCUAGAAAUCUACGGACCUCGUCUUUGACAGGGAUCGGGGAUCGUUUGGAGGCCGUCAAAGAGAUCAUACAAGAUCUAGACCCCAUCUGGAGAUACCCUCUUGCUAUUUACUUCACUUCACUGAUUGGCCCUGUUUCCUUGAUCGAAAAACGCGAUGCGGCAAUCCAUAAUACGUUCUUCGGGAAGUUACAAUCUAGCUUUCCUAAAGGACAAAAAGCUUUGGGGCCUUCCGACUUUAAAACCGUUGGAACAGACCAAAUGCCAGAGAUUCGGCAAGUCGAAACACUUGUUCACGAGAUGUACAAGUACGACGCAUUGGUAGAUGCACUGGAUCAAGUCCAAACCGCCGAAGCCAGUAUUCGUCUCCUUUACAUGAAGGUUAUAACACCCGAUGGAGCCGCUUUUGCUUUGCCCGAUGAAAAUGAGCUACUGGAUCGUGCAGGCCGAGCUCUCCUACACAAGCUGCGCUUAGUACAGGAUAUCUGCGACGAUGUUAUUCUGGCUAUUUCAUGA